AUGGCGCUACGAGUAGGAUCCAAUUUGACUUUAGAUUAUUCAGACAAUGCAGAAGCAUGGAUUAGAUGCUUUUCAGCAUCCGCACGUUCAAAGAAAUUAAAAGAUGAGAUAAAUGGUAGCUAUGAGAUAACAGAUUUAUUUAUGGCAAAAGCAGGCAUUGAAGCAAUUACAAAGAUUUCCCUUAUGGUAUAUCCAGAAGAACUAGAAAACAUGAUGUUCGAUGAUAUUAAAACUGUUGUUAUGUCCCAUUUGAGGCCUCAAAAGCGACUAAUUAUUGCUGAAAGAGUUCAAUUUUUAGCAUUAAAACAGCAAAACAUUGAAAACAUUGUAUCAUAUGCACAAAGAUUACGCGGAGCUUCACGCUUUUGCAACUUCGAAAAAUUGGGAAGAGACGGCCAAAGCACGAAAGAUGAUUUGAUUCAAAUGAGAUUGAUUGAUGGCCUCCAAUCUUCUGAUCAGAGAGUUAAAGCUCUAGAAAUGAUACAGAGUGGAGAAUCGCCUAAACUAGGAGCAUGUAUUAAUUUUAUCAGGCAAUUGGAGCAAAUAUCCUGUUUUAGUAUACAAAACAACAUUAAAAACAGCAUAGACCUUCCUUCAGUUAAUUACAUUGAUAAAAAUAAAGAAAGAACGAUUAAAUGCAAGUAUUGUGGCCUUCAACACCCACCUAGGAAAUGCCCAGCAUUUGGGAAGAGUUGUAAAAAAUGUGGGAAGCUGAACCACUUUAAAAACGUAUGCACAGCAAACAUUAAAUAUGAAAAAAUAGUAGAGGAAGUAGAGAACGAUGAUGCUAGUGUGUAUUCCAUUAACAUGAAUGAUACAAACUCAGAGAUUAGUGUAAAAAUUAAUGACUACAAUAUAAAAAUGCAAGUUGACACCGGAAGUCAAGUCACAAUUAUUCCAAAGAAUUUUUGGGAACUAAUGUCUAAACUGAAAUUACAAAAAUGCUACCUUCGCCUGAAACAGUUUGAUGGUACAGUUAUGAAAGUCCUAGGUGAAUUUGAGGCAACUUUGAAAACCAAAUCAAAAAUGAAUAUCGUACGAAUUAUUGUUGUAGACUGUACAAAAAAUCAUGGUCUAAUUGGUAUGGAUGUAUUAAAUAUCAACGCCACAAAAUUAGUUAAUAGUAUGGAACCUAUUGUUCAGGGGCGUUUAAUUAAUUACAAAGCAAAUAUUCUGGUUCCUCCUGGUGGAAGCAGAUGGGCUUCACCGCUUGUGGUUGUUAGAAAAACAGACGAAGAUUUACGCAUUUGUGGGGAUUACAAAAUAGGUGUUAACCAAAAAAUAUGCUCAGACUCAUAUCCUAUCCCAAACAUUGAGACCGUAUUUUAUAAAAUGGCAGGGAUGAAAUAUUUUGCUAAAAUUGAUCUCAAGGGAGCUUAUCAUCAAAUUGAGAUGGACAAAGAGGCACAAGAAAUACCCCUAGAGACAGUUAAUACCCCUAUUGGAUUAUUAAGAUGGACUUGUUUACCUUUCGGAAUAAAGACUGCAAGUGUGAUAUUUCAAAGAGCGAUUGAAUCUGUUGUUAGCGAUAUUAUUCCCAAUAUGAUUAUAUUUCAAGAUGAUACAUGUGUCAGUGCUAAAAAUGCUGAAGAACUCAAAUCGAAAAGAAAGAAGUUAUUUGAAUGGAGGAAAGAGCAUCAACAGGCAUUUGAAUUGCUAAAAAGAAACCUUUGUGAAGAACCCGUAGUAAAAGUUUAUGACAUCAACCAAGAUCUAGAGUUAACAACAGAUGCUAGUGAGAAAGCUAUAUCUGGAAUACUUUCACAGAAUGGCCAUCCGGUAUUGUAUCUCUCACGAACUUUAUCAGACGCUGAGACAAGAUAUUCUAAUAUUGAGAGAGAAGCGUUAGCUAUUGUAUGGUCUGCUCACAGAGCUAAGCAUUUUUUGUUGGGUAGAAAAUUCAAAUUAAUAUCAGAUCACAGGCCAUUUGAAUUUAUAUUUGAUAGUAACAAAGAAUUGCCCAAAGUCACAUCCGCUAGAAUUUAA